AUGAAUGAAGCUAUCUCACGCACUUUAAUUGCAUAUUAUCGACCUAAUUGGAAACAUGUUCAACUUCGUUCAACAUCAAUACCUAUAAUUAUCUCAGAAAAUGAUCAAAUAGAUCCACUAAUUCGUAGUGAAGUUGAUAAAUAUUAUGAUUUACUCUAUCAUCGAGGUGAAACACAUUCAUAUGGUUUAUUAACUGUUUGCAUAGCUGGAGGUGAAUGCGGUCGAAAUCUUUUACCUUCAUUUCAUGAAGCUAAUUAUGGACUUUGCCAUAAUAAUACAAAUCGUUUUAAUGAACCAUUAGAAUUUUUUCAAUCCAUGUAUCGUCAUUAUUUACGUAUACAAAUUUAUAAAUUUUCAAAUGAUUUAGAUUUAAUUAUUAAACAACUUGAACAUGAUUUAGAUAUACGUUUAGGUACAUCAUAUAUAUGUAUUAUAUUUAUAUUGAUAUUAACAUUCAUUUGUUUUCUUACAUCAUCGACAGUUGAAAUAAAAACUGCAUCAAAAUUUGAUGAAGAUGAAAAGAUAAAUGAACAAAAUCCUAUAUUAACACAAGCUCCUCCAAUAGAACGUUUUGUACCAUCCGAACAAAUUCGAUUUACACGUCAAACUAAAGUUUAA